UUUUGUGGCGGGGGCAGAACCGCCGAGUGCGGCGCUGCCCGCGGAGGGACGGGGCGGGGAGCGCGGGGGGGGUGUGAGGUCCGCGGAGGCAAUUAGCGCUAAUUAACGGAGGGGGCGCCGCGGCGGCGGGCGGGGUCGGGUCAGGGUCUGAGGCCGGCGGGAGGAGCAGCAGCAGCGGCAGGAGCAGGAGCAGGAGCAGCGGGGGGAGCGGUGCUGUCGCCGCCGCGGCCCCCGGAGGGGCGGCUAUUGACCCCCCCCACACCCAACUGGCUGCCGCCCCCCGCCACGGGUGCGAUGGCUGUGGGCGGCUGAAGGAGCCCCAGCGCCCUCCCCCGGACGAGUUAAUGGUAAAGUAAUGGAUUCCAAAGAAUUGCUUAACACGUCGGAUCAAGACGAAACAAGGAAAAAUGCUCUCAUCAGUACCAAAGGAGGGAUCGUGAUGGACUUCCAUCCACCCUUCAGGGGUGGAGCUACUGUCCAAGCCCCUGUGUCUACAUCUCCUCUCCCUGCGUCUUCUCAGUCAGAUUCCAGUCAGCAACCUGCUUUGGCUGACUUCUCGAAAGGAUUAGGAAACAAUGUGCCUCAGCCAGACCUUUCCAAGGCAGUGUCGCUCUCGAUGGGACUGUACAUGGGUGAAACAGACACAAAAGUGAUGGGAAACGACCUUGGAUUUUCGCACCAGGGCCAAAUCGGCAUCUCUUCUGGAGAAACGGACUUCAGGCUCUUGGAGGAAAGUAUUGCAAGCUUGAACAAGUCCUCGAGCCUGGCCGAGGACGCAAAGGGAGCCGUGUCUUCUGAGGUGCCGCUCGAGCCGGAUUUCCCAGGCAUGGCCGGCCGCAACGCCCCUUUAGAGACGGGAACUGCAGUCCAAAGCCAGGUUGGCUCAAAUGGUGGCAACUUGAAGUUGUUUUCUGAAGACCAAAGCACCCUGGAUAUUCUCCAGGAUUUAGAAUUGCCACCAGUAUCACCUGGCAAGGAGCCCAACGGGAGCCCGUGGCGGCUGGACCCGUUGCUCGAUGAUGGUGGUUUGCUGUCCCCCAUAUCUGCAGAUGAUGCCUUUCUCCUGGAAGGAAAUCUCGGCGAAGACUGCAAACCUCCCAUUAUAUCUGACACUAAACCCAAAAUUAAUGACCAUGGUGACCUUUUACCCAGUUCCAAAAUGCCAAUGCCUCAAGUGAAAACAGAAAAGGAAGACUUCAUUGAACUCUGUACUCCUGGCAUCAAGCAGGAAAACAUGGGCCCACUUUACUGCCAGGCCAACUUCUCUGGGUCAAACCUGCUGGGUACGAAAGUCUCUGCCAUCUCCAUCCACGGUGUCAGCACCUCUGGGGGACAGAUGUACCACUAUGACUUAAAUACUGCAUCACUUUCUCAGCAGCAGGAUCAAAAACCAAUUUUUAAUAUCAUUCCAUCUCUUCCUGCCGGGUCAGAAAAUUGGAAUAGGUGCCAGGGAUCAGGGGACGAGGCGUUGGCUCCUCUGGGAACACUCAACCUUUCUGGCAGACCUGCUUUCUCUAAUGGCUAUUCAAGCCCUGGAAUAAGAUCAGAUGUAAGCUCCUCUCCCUCCACAACCUCAGCAACUACGGGACCACCUCCCAAGCUCUGUCUGGUGUGCUCCGACGAGGCCUCCGGGUGCCAUUACGGUGUUCUGACAUGUGGCAGCUGCAAAGUGUUCUUCAAAAGGGCGGUGGAAGGGCAGCACAACUACCUGUGUGCUGGGAGGAACGACUGCAUAAUUGACAAAAUCCGGAGGAAAAACUGCCCGGCGUGUCGCUACCGGAAAUGUCUGCAGGCUGGCAUGAACCUUGAAGCUCGCAAAACAAAGAAGAAGAUCAAAGGACUGCAGCAGGGAAGUGCCACGGGAACACGGGAUGCUCCCGAGGCAUCCGGGAACAAGAGCAUCGUCCCCGCGUCGCUGCCGCAGCUGACGCCGACACUGGUGUCGCUGCUGGAGGUGAUCGAGCCCGAGGUGCUGUACUCGGGCUACGACAGCACCCUGCCCGACUCCAGCUGGAGGAUCCUCUCCACCCUCAACAUGCUGGGAGGGCGGCAGGUGGUGGCUGCAGUCAAGUGGGCAAAGGCAAUCCCAGGUUUCCGAAAUUUGCACCUGGAUGACCAAAUGACCCUUCUGCAGUACUCUUGGAUGUUCCUAAUGGCUUUUGCUUUAGGCUGGAGAUCCUACAAGCAAUCCAAUGGCAAUCUCCUGUGCUUCGCACCAGAUCUCAUCAUUAACGAGCAGAGGAUGAAUCUCCCAUGUAUGUAUGAACAAUGCAAACACAUGCUUAUGGUUGCCCGAGAGCUCUCACGGCUUCAAGUCUCCUACGAGGAGUAUCUCUGCAUGAAGACAUUGCUUCUCCUCUCUACAAUUCCCAAGGAAGGCCUGAAGAGUCAGUCUCUGUUUGAAGAAAUCCGGAUGACGUACAUCAAGGAGCUGGGCAAGGCCAUCGUGAAGAGGGAAGGGAACUCCAGCCAGAACUGGCAGCGAUUUUAUCAACUGACUAAACUGCUGGACUCUAUGCAUGAUGUGGUUGAAAAUCUCCUGAGCUUUUGCUUCCAGACAUUUUUGGAUAAAUCCAUGAGUAUUGAGUUCCCAGAAAUGUUGGCAGAAAUCAUCAGCAAUCAGAUACCAAAAUAUUCCAAUGGAAAUAUCAAGAAGCUCUUGUUUCAUCAGAAGUGACUGCCUUAACACAAAGGGUUGCCUUAAGAAACCGUCACUCGAUAGCUUUGUUUUGUAAAGAGAAAACCUACAGAACUUGUUCCUUUUGUCCUCGCAGCGGUGUUUCUUUUGUAAUUAUGCACUACAUGUGGUUUACAGAGGGCCAAGAGUUAGGCUGGAGAAGCAGUGGAUUUCUCCCAUUUGGGAAAGAACUGGGGAGAAAGGAAAGGCAAAGAAAUCAUAAAUCGUAUCUGUAAGAAAUUUUCUCUCUCCCCUCGUGCACCAUCCCCGGAUGCAUCAAACCACCGGUGACAAGCUCUGAGGCUGUUACGAACAUUCUGCUAAUUAAUUAAUUGCUGCAGUUGGCUGGAGACAAUUUUUUAGGCUUUUUGUUUUUGUUUUUUUUUUAUUUUAGUAAAGUGUUUUGGAUUUUUUUUUUUUUUUUAAAGUUAAGGUAGCAUUUUGGUUUAUGCAUGUAACCUGAAGAAAGUUUACAAGUGUAUAUCAGAAAAGGGAAGUUGUGCCUUUUAUAGCUAUUACUGUCUGGUUUUAGCAAUUUCCUUUAACUUUAUAUACCGUGAACUCGGCUUGUUCAUUUUUUCUUACAUAAUUUUUUUGUAAUACUUCAAGAUGCCUAUUGUACAGCUGGUUUUUUAAGGUGGGGCAGCUCGUAGCUUUCCUAAAUGACCUCUAGACAGUAAAUCCUCGAGUAGAUUCAUGUGAAAAAGGGUUGGGCUUUUCUAACCUAAUCGCUUUCAACUGUCAAAGCGGCUACAAAAAUUUGGCUUUUUUUAAGGGCCAGGGUGGGUGGGAGAACACUCUCAAAUCUCAUUUCAGAAGAUCCGAAUGAAACAAAUCCUUUUGGUAUAUUGCAGAAGUGUUGGAUAUGCAGAUUCAUAGAAAAUUAACCCAGUCCUCACUGGAUGUAAACGAGCAGGUUAUUUUAUAUAUUGAAAAAAAAAAAAAAAAAAAAAGAAGCCUGAUUUUUGCAUAUGAUGCAACAGCCAUAACGCAAAGAGUCAUGGGCUGCAUUGAUGCCAAGAAGAUCAGUCCUGACUGCCCAUCAGGAAAUUUUCAGGAAAAUAUGCAUAGCUUCAGAAAAGUUUACUACUGUGUGGAGAAACUCACAUUUUCUAUACACUUAAACCUGUCAUCACACGAGUAUAUCUGGAAACCCCCACGGACAGAGGAGGUGGACAUGUGAUUGCACCCAGUGGUUUGGGUUUGUUCUCCUGGACGGAUUCCAGAGUCCUCCUCUGCGGGGAGAUGUCCGAGCGGCCGCACGGCUGUGACUGGAUAUCCCAGCUCCAGACUCACCUGGUUAGAGACCCAAUUCCACAUCUCCACCUGUCACUGACUGCUCCAUCCUCUUUCCUGGAGAACAGGAAAGCUCCGCUACUGAGUUCGUGGUCUUAGAGUUGUCCGUCAAACUUUCUGUCUUUGUAAGGCUGCAGCCCUUCACACUGAAUUCCUGGCGUGCCAUAAAUUCCCAUAGGCCUUGUGGAUUUCUCCUUGUUGCCAUUGAUAAGGAUAUUUUCCGACGUUUAGAAGCUGUAGUAGCCUUUUCUACGUGCACCUUAACAAUUUUCUGUAUCUCAAAAUUGAAAUAUUUACUAAGCCACUCUAAAAUUUGAUUUUUACUCAAAGUGGCCAGAUUAUUUGUGUAAUAGAAAUGAGAAAGAUCAUCUGAGAAAAUACAAAACCUAAUAUAUUUUUAUAUUUAGUUAUAGUUUCAAAUAUGUAUAAUCGGUAUAUUCGCUGAUCCGAGAAAAGAAGGGAAGGGCUACUGCAGCUUUAAAAGCAAUUUAUUAAAUGAUUGUAAAAUAGCUUGUAUAGUGUAUAAUAAGGAUGAUUUUUAGAUGACAGAUUGCUUUAUCAUGAUACAUGUAAUUAUAUUUUUUGUAGGGGUCACAAAUAUGAUGAGUGGGAACCCGUUCUGUGUGGUUUGGCUGGAGGCAGCACCGGAGGCAUCGGUGUUCGUAUCCAAAGAAGUGCUUUGUUCAGAGGGGAAAACCUGUGCUCCGUGGGUGUUUGUAGGGUUGGGUUUGUGUUUAUUGAAUCACUGUGUAAAAAUUCCUGUUGGCUUUGGGGUGGGAUGCUCCUAUCUGUAUGGUCGGGAACUGCUCCCGAGGCAUGGCUGAACCAGAGCCCCGCUGCAAAAACCGUCAGCCAGGACACCCAGCUCUGAACUCCCCCCGGGGGAAUUUCAUACACAGCCUCACUCCCACAGCAAAAACAGCUUCAAAAUUGGGCAAUAAUCCACAUCCAGGUGCCAGCAAUAUGUAAAUAGAGAGCAUGGGGUGUCCACAGCACAUUUCUACUUUUCAGCAAACAUUGGUUUCCAACUGAAAUAGGAAACUCAAUUCUCCUUUCUUAAAUCUCUUUUUGAAUGCUAUACCUAUUAAAAAGGAUCCUAUAUUCAGUACUUUGGAGUAAAAUAGCACCUUUAAUAAAAGAAAAUAAUCAUUCUCUCCUUUGAUCUGUACAAAAUAUGUGCAUUUUUUAACCGUUAAAGGUCAGAUUUUUUAAUUAUGACAUCCAGCCCAAUUCCAUGGGAAUCCUCACGCGCCCGCUUGCCAUACAAAUACAGAUACAGAUAGGAGUUUGGUGCUGUUGGGUUUUGAGGGGGCUCUUUGGUUCAAAGGAAACUUGUUCUUACUUUUGAGAAUGUUUUAUAAACUUGUAUCCCCAGAGCCCUCGGUCGGAGCCUGGGGCACAGCGCGGGUCGGGGUGCACGGACCCCAGACUUGGCAUUUUUGCCAGCAAAAGCAACUGCAGUUAACUCCAACAGAUGAUGAUGGAGUUGGGGGUUGGAACUGGAUGAGCUUUAAGGUCCCUUCCAACCCAAAUUCUGGGAUUCUGUGAUCCCCCCGUGAGAGAACUGGUCACGUAGGAGGAGAGGCUCUCUGCCCCUUGUGUCUGUUUGCCUGUAUAUUCAUUUUUAGUCUGUGGAUUUAAGGAAAAACAAAGGAAACUGUGACGUUAGAGAAAGAAUCGUCCUGUACGUGCUGUUCAGUUUUAAACUUCACCAGUGAGAAAACGUAGUGCUUUAGUCAGCAGUGAGAAGUCCAUGUCCUGUUAUCCGUAGUCCGUGUAGCAGUGGGUAGUCCCUGCACUCUGGAUAAAGCAGGGAGAAUUCUGACUUUGGCUCUUCAGUGCCUUAUCACAAAGUGCACGGAUCCGCCCAGGGACGGCGGGGGCAGCUCAGGACGCGCCGGGCGCUCGCAAUGGCCUUACGGGGGGACACCGGGACAGGGGGGCGCUGGGGGGCCCACCAUGAGGGAGGGCAGAGGGAGGGGGGCUGGGAAUAGGUGCCAAUUGAUGCCGAAAAAUGACCUCGCCAUUUUCACAGAGGGAGGUAGGAAAGAGGAGGAAGUGCCUGGAUGGACGUUGGCUGCGGGAGCGUCCCGUAGUCAAGUUUUAGCGAGGGAGGACUUCAGGGACAUGACUUAGAGUGAGAUUUUAUAAAGAUUGUAUUAUUAUAUCCCUGGAAGUGUUCAAGGCCAGGCUGGAUGGAGCUCUGAGCAACCUGGUCUAGUGGAAGGUGUCCCUGCCCAUGGGUUGUAACGAGAUGGUCUUUAAGGUCCCUUCCAACCCAAACCAGUCGGGGAUUCCAUGAUUAUAUACCAGUCACGCUCUAUCCUUCGCCCAGUCUGCAACCAGGGGUUGCUGAGCCAUCAACAUCACAUAGGAACCAAAUUUUCCAGGAAGGUCGAGAGCCUCUCCAGACAGAGGCCUCGUAUCCAAGGAAAGGCUGUGUGUGUGUGCUUGUGGUAAACAGCCCACCUCCAACAACUUGCACAACAGCAGAGUCCAGCGAUGGGUCAUUACUCUAUUUUGUAUAUUAAACAAAAAGAUAUAUACUGGGGACGAAUCCUAUAUCAUACCGGUGUAUGGCAUUAUUAAAAAAAUCAUUAUUUUUAUCACAGCAAUUUUAAACAGCAUAAAAGAAAAGAAAAAAAUUAAACCAGUGACUCCUGUUUAAAAAUAAAAGUUGUAGUUUUUUAUUCAUGCUGAAUAAUUCUGUAGUAACAAGUCUGUAGUUUUCACCUACUCAGUGAAAUGUUGGACUGUAAAAGCUUGUGUGGAAUUGUUGAACAUUUAUUUUUUCAUUUAAAUUUGCUGUUCUGGUAAUACAAAGCCACACAUCUGUACAGAAGUUGCAGUAAAUGUGAGCCAUUUACAGCAAUGUCGAAUAAUGGACAGAAACCAUAUAAUAAAAUUCUGCUUUUUUCAUUAAA